AUGGGCCCUGGAGCAUCCCCGAGAACCGGCGGGGGAACCGGUCUCGGGGGUUCUCGGCGCUCGAGGCCUCCUGGGGAGCGAUCGCCCCCGUGGAUUCCUGGAGCUCUCGGGCCGGGGGGGUCCCCUGGCCGUGUUAACGGCUGCGCGGCCACGCGGGGGCGCAGCGUUCCUGGCGCCCGUCUUGGCACGCUCGGGGCCUCCUUUGUCGGCUCCCUUUUCGCGGGUCAACGACAAGGGGGGAGCCCGGAGGACGCUCGUGGGGGCAAUACUACUGCCAGGGGGAAACGGUUCGUGGCCAAAAAGGUUUUAUCGCACCUGGAGUGGGGAGGCGAGCACGGCACCGGACAAGGCGGGUCCUGCGGAUACAGCACGGCAACUCCAAGCACGACACGUUUCGGGGUCUGCACGAGCGACAACCUGGGGGGGAUUGGUGAUCCCGGGUUCGGCGAGGGACGGCAGGGUGGAGGUGUGUCCGCCGCCCCCAGCCACCGCCCUCCGGACGUCACGAUCUUCAGAGCGGCUGGUGAUCCCGACCCGGCCCCCGCAGGACCCCCCCUGCUCCGGGAGGAUUCGCUGUCGCCCGGGUAG